AUGGCAGACGAAGAUGGUAAUCCGCUUGGAUUGAAUAAUGAAGGGGAUAACAGAGUAAUCCCCCAAAAUCUGCAGAAUCCGCAAAAUCUGCAGAAUCCGCAGAAUCCACAGGAUCUGCAAGGACAGAUUAAUAAUAGGCAGAGACAACCAACAUUGAUGGAAUUCUUCCAGCCGAAUGUAGGAAAUACUACGCAUGGUUACUUUGCACAUCCUGUGCGGGCAAACCAUUACGAGAUUAAGACCAGUAUCAUUCAGUUGUUAGAAGCCCGCUGUCAGUUCUAUGGGCUACCAAAUGAAGAUCCAAAUGCGCACAUCUCGAAUUUCCUGGAGGUGUGCAGUACAUUCAAGCUCAGUAACAUGACAGAAGAUGAAGUUUGGCUGCGCUUAUUCCCAUUUUCUCUGAGGGAUAAAGCGAAAAUUUGGAUUCAUGCUCUGCCUAGAGUUGGCAUUAACAGAUGGCCAGAUUUGGCCAAGGCAUUCCUGAACAAGUACUUUCCCAUGGCGAAGACCGCAAAGCUGACUAGAGAUAUCAUGCUUUAUCAGCAAUUGGAUGGAGAAUCAGUGAGUGACGCAUGGGAGCGGUACAAGGAAUUGCAGAGAAAAGUUCCUCAUCAUCAUAUUACCAGAGAAAAUUUGAUCCAAAAUUUCUAUAAUGGGUCAAAUGAUCAGACCAGGAGUAUCAUUGAUACAGCCGCAGGAGGGUCAUUGAUAAGGAAGACCACUGAUGCAGCAUUUGAGCUGUUAGACGAGUUGGCAGUGAACAGCUGUUCUUGGCCAACUGAGAGGGAGAAGGCGCCUGCUCAGAGAGGAGUGAUGGCAGUUGCUACUGACCCAGUAGUGGAGACAGUCAAAUCACUAUUACAGGAUUUUCUCACAAAACAAGUUGUAACACCCAACACUCAUAAUGUUGCGGCAAUUCAGAGUAACUGUGAGGUUUGUGGAGAUCCUAGCCAUACGGCAAAUGAGUGCUAUGUGAUGUCGCAGCAGAUCAACGAGCAAAUCAAUUAUGUGGGAGGACAGAGACCAGGAAAUAAUCCAUAUGCUGCUACUUACAAUCCAGGGUGGAGAAAUCAUCCAAAUUUCUCAUGGAAGGAUAAUGGAAAUCAGACCCACAAUCAGGCAGGUCCUAGUUUUCAAGGAGAACAAAGAUCACAGCAGAAUCAGGGAAACUUCCAAAAUCAAGGAAACUUCCACCAUCAGAAUAGUAGGCCACAGCAUCCACCUGGUUUUCAGCAGAAAGAACAGGGAGAGUCUCUACACAGUAAAAUGGACAAAAUGAUGGAGUUGAUGCUGAAGAAGGACGCAGAGACUCAGCAAGCACUCAAGAAUCAUGCUGCUACUAUUCACAAUCAAGAAUUGCAAAUACAGCAGAUGGCAAAAGCACUCCAAAACAGAAAUCAAGGGGGUUUACCAUCCACUACUGAGAAAAACCCCCGAGAACAUUUGAAAGCAAUUGAACUGAGGAAUGGAAAGGCAUUGGAUGAUCCAUACGCAGCAAGUACUAGCACAGAGGUAGAAAAGGAGCAGAGAAAGGAAAAGGAACCUGAAAAGGUAGUCACUAAACCUACUCCACUACCUCCGUACGUACCAAAAAUACCAUUCCCUCAGCGAUUGAAGAAACCGCAAGACACUUGGAAGUUCCACCAGUUUUUAGACACUUUCAAGAAACUGCAAAUCAACAUCAGUCUGGCUGACGCUUUACGCGAAAUGCCACAUUAUGCCAAGUUUCUAAAAGAGAUCAUCACCAACAAACGGAGUUGGGAGGUAGAAGGUACAGUACCCAUGACAAAGAACUGCAGCUCAAUCAUCUUGAGCAAUCUUCCGACGAAACUUCAGGAUCCAGGGAGUUUUACUAUUCCCUGUACUAUUGGUAACAUGCAGUCCAUUAAUUGUCUGUGUGAUUUAGGUGCUAGUAUAAAUUUGAUGCCCCUAUCUCUGUUCCGGAGCAUAUUUGGUGAUCAGCAGGUACAAGCUACCCCAAUGAUGUUACAAUUGGCAGAUCACUCUUUGAAGAAGCCACAUGGGAUUGUGGAGGAUGUUUUGGUUAAGGUUAACAAGUUUAUAUUUCCUGUAGAUUUUGUUGUCCUUGAUUAUGCAGCCGACAGGGACUGCCCGAUGAUCUUGGGGCGACCGUUCAUGAACACUGGCAGAGCUCUUAUUGAUGUGCAUAAUGGUAAACUGACUUUGAGAAUUGGGGAGGAGAGUGUUGAGUUCUACAUGAAGAAGAUUACACGCCACCCCAAUAUCGAGGAGAAAUAG